AUGUCAUCUAAAGGCAGCUCAUUAAACUCGGCAUCUGUUCGUUCGUCAAAGAAGCGAACAAAACGAUCAAAAAUAGCGUGCCUUAGAUGCAGGCAUCGCAAGGUUCGGUGCGACGUUGCUGAUGCACAACAGACGACGCGGAGUUUCUUUCCCAUCACAGCAUCCUGUAGUCCAGAUUCACAGGAUGACGUGCUGCAAGCCAGCUCACGAGAUGGCCAUGUAGAAGAUAGACCAUCAACCUCUCAGUUCGUCACAAGCACAGCAAGCAAUACUAGGGCAGAGAACUCGUUCCUUCGCACUCGAACAGAUAUCGACGGAAACAUGGAUUCUUUGCAUGACCAUCUUGUUGAGAUGUUUAGUGAGAUGAACCGCCUUGAGAGCCAAGAUCUCCCAUCUAGCACAUUGAUAGUCUUGCUAGUCCAGUCAAUGGCCAUUCAUCAGUUACGGAUGGAAAGUGCAGAUUCCAUGGUUCGCAAGGAGUCAUUACAAGCGUUUACCAAGGUUAAAGGGGCAUUGCGGCAAAAGAGGGAUAGCUAUGCAGCUCACGGUUACAGUACUGGCUAUCUGGACAGGAUAUUGCGCCAGGCAAGUAUAAUUGACGGAGGGAAGACUGGGAAUUAUAAGGAAUUGAACUCGCACUCUAGUCGAGAUGAUGGGGAGUUGAGUCCGAGUGACGGAGAAAAUAAGGUUGAUUUGGAGCGGGAGAUUUAUCAGGGUCUAGAGGAAACCGUAUUCUGGAUGUUUGGAGGGUCUGAGUAUAAGCAUGCGGACGAUAAAGAUCAACACUAG